GUCAUCCGCUGACUUGAACUCUACCGUAGUCGGCGCCCACACGGCAUGUUUGACGUGUCUGCCCGUCCCCACCUUCUGGCCGUUGUAUUUUGGCCGCCCUUUCUGCACUUCACGAGUCACCUCGCCUCUGCUUCUUAAUCCCCCGCCAGCCUCGUUUACGACGGGGAACGUCUUGAAUCCUCCCCCGACGAAGUCCCUCGUCCUGCCUCAUGCAUUCCAAGCCUCCGCUCAGAGAGCGCGCAUGGGGUACGCGCUACGAUAGCCUGGGCCCUUCGCCACCCACAUCGCCGCAAAAACGAGCAUUCCCAACGCCCGUAUCAACGCCUGUCAGUCGUCCCGCCUCAGCAGAAAUCACCUCCGCAAGUACCCCAGAUCAAGAGCCGGCCACUCCACAGACUCGCUUCGUACAUCCUCAGCCCGAGAAAAUACCACAUGAUGCAAAUGUAUUCGUCGGCAGUUUGCCAUCCACAGUCGACAUCCCAGAAUUGACGCGGUUACUCCGUGAACAUCUCUCCCAGCACACUGAGGUGAAAAGCGUCAAAGUCGUACGCGACCCUCACAAAAAUGGAACAUGUGCAUUCGUACAAUGUCAGGAUGCAGCCGCAGCGGCUCGGCUUAUGGAGACUCUUCGGACGCUCCCGCCUCGCCCGUUCCUCGGUAGGAUAUUGCGAUACGAACCUGCGCGGGCUACGAGGGCGCUGCUCAUCUCUUAUCGGCUGCCCACCAAGCGCAUUGACGUUCCCAGCCAUGAUCUAUCAAAGCAACUGGUUGAGGACGGUACGGACGACGCUUUGCCUAAGGCUAUGAGGAUAUACCAGGCGAGCAGCUCGAAGUUCCUCGAGAUCGUCUACGACGAUGAGGCGCGUCAUUACAAAGCUACUAUGCCACACAAGGCCGACAAUACCGAGACGUCGCCUUUCAGUGGCGGCGGUGUGUUAAUUAGUCCCUUGCAGUUCGACCUUGAGAACAUUCGUCAGCUCGUGGUCUCAUUCGGCGCUAUUGAACGUUUUGCGACGCAUGUCCCCUUGGCGUCUGGGCAUAAUCAAGGUGCUGGUCUUGUAGGGACACAGCCAUCGUUCCCUCGCCCGCACAAUGGGCCACGUUCCGCAAGCAUGGACCAGAAUGUGUGGGAAGUCAAAUGGGAACAUCGAGACGACUGUGUCAAUGCACUCAUGACAUUGCGUCGCGUCGCGUUCCUGAACAUCAGCUGGGCGCAUCAUGCUGAUCCACCUUUCGUGAGGAAUACGUAUCCAAGGAGUCCUAGUCCCUCACUCAACCCUCAUACUCGUCUCUCCUACGUCUCUCGUGUACAAUCACAGCUACAAUCCUUUGAAGGCCCGACACCGACCCCGCAUCGAGAGCUAUCCGCGGAGAGCUCCUAUUGUCAGGCCGAUGCGUCGAGACAGGCGCGCACAAGGACCUACACCAUCUCUUCUGCGGACGGUACCCUGCCGCCAACUCGUCCGUGGUCUGCUGCACGAACCCCUUCCCACCGUCCAGACCCAGACGCAUUUGUGCAGAUGUCUGGUUCAUACAACAAUCACGACGAUCUUGCGUACCCGGAGAACCUGAAAUGGAGUGAUUCCGAUUUCCCUCCGCUCGACAUCCGGGAGACAGGCGGUCGUGUCAGAAGGCGUGCCGAGAGCUCACGUUCUUCAUGGACCGCUACUCGGCUGCCUCCCAGGGGACACGGUUCAUCAAGCAGUCCUGCAAUAACAGCGUCGCCUGCAUCCUCUCUUGCCGUCAAUCCUUCGUCCACGCCAGCCAGAUCGCGCGCACACUCAGGCGUUCCGAUUGAUGCUUCUCCGCUUUCAUGUUCAGACUCUGCUGCUAUGAAAGAGCCGGGUCUAAAGUGCGCAGCCGAUGUGGGCGCCAUCACAUCUCCGGAUCGUUACCCCACCACUCGCACCCCGAGGUCAGGUCGAGUCCCAAUCCUGUCGAGCGUACAUGACGGCGAAGCUGCUUCAAUGCAUUCCACUGGUAACGGCGAAGACCGACAGCAUAACUUUGAACGUAUGAGUACGCCAGGGAGACCGUCACUCGCCAGCCACAACCACGACUGGUCCGCUGAUGACAAACCUCACGUCGACCCGACCACGAUAUUUGUCGGAGGACUAGACGUAUACAAUGACGACGCAUGGGACGAAACACACCUGAGAGCCAUAUUCGCGACAUAUGGACGGAUCGAGAACAUACAUAUUGUCCGUCCACCCAGUAAGAAGUCUGCGUUCGCAUUCAUCAAGUUUACUGAGACAGGGGCCGCCGCGACGGCGGUACAGGAGGAGCAUAAUCGCGUCCACUAUGGCCGGCAGAUACGCGUCCAAUUGCGUGACCAUAAUCCUCGUCAGCGUACUAGUCCAUGGCGGCAACCGCUCAGCAGAGGUAGUUCAACACCGGGCUUGAACCCGUCGCCGCUUCGCGCAAGUGGAUGGCAAGAAAUGCCUCCGGUUCGUGAUGGUACCAGUGCGCGAAGUCCAGCCUCAAAGUCAUCUGCUGGAUUCGUAUUUCAGCAGCCCUCCGGGCCCAGUCUCACGACGCAUGCCGUUCUCGCGUCUCCGGCUAGGCAAUCGACCGGCUCGGAACAGUUUCCCCAGAUGGGUUCUCGGGCCGACGAACGAUCUUCAGAAUCAUUUGCGUCUUCGCUCUCCUCAACGACGACUAGGGUUACAUUGUCUACACCUGCGCCUGCUUAUGAUCAACAAUGGCGACAGACGGCCGCUACGCCCUCCACUUCCGUGAGCUCUGUAGGCCCAUCUGCCUCCAUAGCCGGCGCGGUACAGCCAUUCGCUCUGCCGAGCGUUGGCUACUUUGCGCCUCCCUGGGUUCAUGCAUAUCCUCCGCCUUAUCCGUACCCAGUCCCAUUCAUGCCCAUCCCAGCGUACACAGCAGCUAUGCCAGUGGCUCCUUCGCAUUCUCAGCAGCCUCAACACGGGGUUUCAGACGUUUCAAGUUCAACGGUAUCCCAACAUGUAUGGUCCACAGCGAACGAUGCGCAGAGGCCAAUGAUUCCUUACAUGUCGUACCCAACCGUUCCGCAGCACAACGAACACGCAUCAACGCAUUCGACUCAGCCCCAUCCAUCACAUGCAAACCAGCAGCCUCCGCUACGACCGACAGGUUUCAUACAGGGACAACAUGGCAUGCUCAUACCCGUCUAUCAGCCCGAAGCCCUUCACCAGUAUAUGUCGAGCACGGAACAGAACCAACCACCUGGCCAUGGUACUACGCACCCGCCGCACGCAUCAACGUGGCCCCAGCACACGCAAUAUCCCUUCGUCCCUUAUUCCAACUCCAUGCAGCAUACGGAGCCAUCGCAUACCCAGAACUCGCAGCCCUACUUGCAAAAAGCCUGGACACCAAGUCCCGCCUCGCACGAUAUGUCCACGCAGGGCGCAUCGUCGUACCACCGCGGACCGUUGUUCUUGCCGCCUGCUGCGUCUCUCAGUAGUAUGCCAUCGUUCGACGGCGGUUAUCCCGUCCCUUUCCCUGCUAUGCGGCACAUGCAUCGUAACGCUGGUGUUCCGUCUCCUAGACGUCAUCAUCGACGGGACCAUGCAUAUGGCAGCCCGUUUCCCCAUCAGCGUACCUUUCGGUAGGCUGUACAUCUAGUAUGGCGCCUCGCAGUUGUACUGUAGCAUUCGAGAAUGAAGCAUAGUGAUGGGCAGCUAAUAGGCAAGCACCACUAAAUCACGCUCAGCGAGGGUGAUCAAGAAUAUUGGAUGGUUAGCAGGGAAAUAUAUCCAGAGUGAUCCAAGGAGGAGGAGUCACUCCAUUUUUUGGUCACUCAAUGGUAAGUGACGAGAUGAUCGAUGUCCAGCCGACUUCACUC